AUGGCGCCACCUCUCAAACUCAACAACAUUAAGCUCCUCUUUGUCUUCUCCCUUCUCUGCUUCUAUUCACCAACCGAUGCGGUUCAUCUCUUCCCUAAAAAAUCACAUCCCACGAAAUCAGGUUACCUUCCUAUCAAUUCCACCACCAGUUCCGCCAUUUUCUUCGUUUUCUAUGAAGCCCAAAAACCCGUUUUCCGUUUAUCUCAAACACCCCUCCUCGUUUGGCUCCAAGGAGGCCCCGGUUGCUCCUCCCAGCUCGGCAACUUCUUUGAGCUUGGCCCUUGGCGUUUAAAUUCCAAACAAAAUUGCAGCAAAAACCCAACUCUGGAACCCAAUCCAGGUGCUUGGAAUCGCAAAUUUGGCCUUCUUUUCCUUGAUAACCCCAUUGGGACUGGUUUCAGCAUCGCUUCCUCUCCGGCUGAAAUCCCCAAAAACCAAUACACCGUCGCCAAGCACCUUAUCUCUGCUCUCACAUCGUUUAUCUCCUCAGACCCAUUGUUCAAAUCUCGCCCACUUUACAUCACCGGUGAGAGCUAUGCCGGUAAAUACGUGCCGGCGGUUGGGUACUACAUUUUGCAACAAUCUUCGGAACUGAACUUCAAGGGAGUUGCAAUAGGGAACGGGUUGACCCACCCUGUCUCUCAGGUGGCAACUCAUGCCGCCACGGCGUAUUACUCCGGCUUGAUUAAUGAGAAACAGAAAACCCAGCUUGAGGAAAUUCAAGCUCAGGCUGUGAAGUUGACCCAAGAGGCUAAAUGGAAAGAAGCAACAGAUGCACGUGACAGGGUCUUGGGUUGGUUGAGGAAUGCAACAGGGUUGGCUACCCUUUCCGAUCUUAGGCGGAAGACCCCUUAUGAAACAGAAAUCGUUGGUGAAUUCCUGAACAAGGACCAGGUAAAGAAAGUUUUAGGCGUAGAUAAAUCGAUGGUUUGGGUGGAUUGCAGUGAAGCUGUUGCGGAUGUUCUACACGAAGAUGUGAUGAAGAGUGUGAAGUUUAUGGUGGAGGAAUUGGUGAAGAAGAGUAAGGUCUUGCUAUACCAAGGGCAAUUUGAUUUGAGGGAUGGAGUGGUUACGACUGAAGCGUGGGUGAAAGAAAUGAACUGGGAAGGACUAGAGAGUUUUCUAAUGGCAGAGAGGAAUGUUUGGAAAGUGAAUGGAGAACUUGCAGGGUAUGUGCAAAAAUGGGGAAGCUUAAGUGAAGUAGUUGUUUCAGGGGCUGGGCACCUUGUCCCUGCAGACCAGGCAGUAAGUUCUCAGGAGAUGAUUGAAGACUGGGUUCUGGAUAGAGGACUGUUUCAAGAUGAGAAAAAGAGCAAUUCAUCAUCAAAUUUCAGGGGCUAAUCUUUGAGUUCCCCUCAUGAUUCUUCUACACGAUACAACAAAUGAAAUCACACUGUGAUUUUAUCCUU